AUGCCAAACGCAAUCUGCCUUUUAACUGACCAAAGAAAAUGGACCCGCGGGCGGAGCCGGGCAGGAGCCUGGGGCCUCGUCAGCAGGCACCGGCUCUUGGGCACGAUCCCAGAUGGAGCAGGGGUCGGGCAGCAAGAUGUCCCCCCCAAGAACCCCACCUGCGGGGCGGGAGUUGCUUGGCACAGGGGGGCUCUGGCCGAGCUGCCGCAGUGUGGUAGAGAGAGCAGCCCAGAUGCCAGGGUGACGGGCAUGGGGGAGACCCCGCCGAGCCACGGAGGGCAGGGAUCCCGUCCUGCCCAGCGAGAACCACAGGGGGUUUAUUGCCCCAAGAAGGAAAGAUCCCCCCCCCCCCCGACCCUGUACCCAGCAGCAGGGUUCCAGCUCCAGCACAGAACCCCCCGGCCCCACUGCGCAAUGCAGCCGCUCCUGCUCUUCGCUAAGGGUCUGGACCCCCCCCCCCCCUGUGUCUCGCUCUCGCCAAGGUCCUCGCCUUGUUUUUCUUACUUUGUUGUAUUUCCUUGUGCCAGUUUCUCGGCUUUUUUACGUUAUUUAUCUCACGUGCCUUUUAAUUCUUGUUUUAAAAGCAGCCGGCUCAGCGGGGGAGAGGCGGGCCCCAGGCCGGCUGCAUGGGGCAGGAGGGCUCUGCCCCCCCGGGCAUGGGGUGAAGGUAGAUUCCUCUGGACGGUGCCCUGGACCCUCCCCACGGGAGCCGCCCCCUGCUCAAGCCAAAAACUCUCGCGCCGUAUUUAUCUGUAUUGUGAAGACGCCGCUUUUCGAGUGUUUGCACCACGAAGGUCCCACGCGGCCGGCGCCAGCCGGGCGCCCCCACUGCCUACAAGGCCGGGCCCGCGCCUGCCAGGCCGGCACCGUUGUAACCCGCCUCUGCCAAUAAAAGUGAGGAGUUGACAA